GACUUUGCUGUGCACGAGAGUACUAGGACUUCUGAAGUCCUAGAGACUCCACUUGUAGCGCCAGUUACAUCACGCUUGCGUGGUAGUGGUUGCAUUGUCGUUGCGUCGAUAGACAUCGGAGACGAGUUGCCUAUUUUGUCAGCGGAUACACUGGGUACUCUCUAUUAUAAAAACCCUCAUGCUGAACAGCCCUCCUGAACUUAUUGUGCAACCACUCUGCACUGCUUCCUUCUCCGGUUUCCCAUCGCCAAUCCUGGUGGCUUGUUCCUUCUUAACUGUUCCCUUGCACGCGUCUACUUAUAUUCAGUAUUCUUCUAUUGUAAGGUUCCCUGUAUUUAGCUGCAUUUCAGCAGGUUUCACUCAGUGAUCCCUCUGACCUGCCGGAUUCAGUGGAGUCAACCUGUCGUCGCUGGCUAAGAUGGCGAAAGACAGAGCGGAGUCCAGCAGCUUCGGGGCCGUGAUCAGUAUUUUCACGAUCCUGACCAUACCAGGAAAUCUCGUGCCGAUUGCCUAUGCUGGCUCAGUGCGGAUCAGCCAGGAUGACACGCCCCUGGCGUGCACAGGCAGUACAUGCAUGAUUCCUGGAUGCAACCUGGCUGCGAAUAGAGUGCACGGGUGCACGGGCGACCAGACAAAGGUAGGGCGGUGCCCUGGAACGAAAGGGUUCGAUCAGUUUAAGGAUGUGUGCAAAGGCGGACAGUUUAGCAUUGACUGGCGAAUCAAGCCCCUGCGCCUGCAGUUCCGCAACACCGCAAACGACUUUGAGGAGUGCUUGCUGAAGGAAGCCUACGAGGGCCAAGGAUUUCCACCCACACCCCCAUCUGCAAGGCGCUACUACACCUGCAACAUGGGGCGCUGAUUGCAGCAAAUUGUGAGGCUCAUACUGGAGGAGAUGGGCUCUGGUUUACCGUGUGUUAGUAGGACUCGCAGAGUGCUUUCCCUUGCAUCGCAGGGCAGUACCUAGGCGCCAUCUGCCCAAGCGGAUCCGUUCGUCGAUGGUUGGCUCCUCAGUCGACCACUGCUUUAAAUGUUCCGCGUUCCACCUUCUUUUCAGGUGCUGUUGUUCCAGCUACCUAUGUUGGAACAACGCUAAAACAUGUGAUUGUGAUAGUGGGUUGUGUUGUGUGAUUUACUUGAAUAAUAACGAGUCUGCUUUGAGUAAUACUGUAUUCCUGCCUGCACAUGUCGAUGCAGUGUCUCUUCAUGUCAAUGCCGUGCCGCCAAAGGCCUUUGCAGUUGCAGAAUUCACUCCAGUCCGGUGCAUUUAGCAUCUGCCGUUGGGAUUGAAGCUUGGUGAUUUAUUGUUUAGUUCACCAGUUUCAUAUUCACAAUACUCUUUGUGGCUGGUAUUGGAAACCCGGAUGUGAAGAAAUAGCGUUCAGGUUAACAGGAAAGGAGGAAUUUUGGAACAGUUUAUUGUGGUGGUGAUGGUGUAGUCUGACGUGGAUUUGUGGGUGUGGAGUGUCGAUAUGAUCCUGUGUUGGAACAUUAGUGCAUGUUGCAGUAGUGCCACGUACCAUGUCUUUGACGUGGACAAGUGUCAUAGGACUUCGAUGUUUUAGAGGUAUUAUGGUCUUUUGUCUUGUUUGUGAGAGUCAAGCUUUUGGGCGUGGAUUUUUUGACAUGUACAGAGUAUGUACGUGGCUUACAUUAAGUAAUAAUAAUAAAAAUUUGAAAAGCAUGUUGCCAUUG